AUGGAACCACAAAAUGGAGCUAACUCGAACUUAAAUGCCGAGUCACGACGACCAUUUACACCUCACGACACGACCGACAUAUUUCGAGUCGGAGUGCGACCACCACCGUUCUGGGCAGAAGAACCUGCAGUUUCGUUUUCACAACUGGAAGGCAAUUUUGUGUCGUCGAGAAUCACUGACGACGAUACAAAAUUUUAUUACGUUACUUUGACAUUGGAACACCGUUACGCAGCAGAAGUGAAGGAUAUAAUUAUUUCACCACCAAAGACAGGGAAGUACGAACAACUUAAAACUGAAUUAAUCAAGCGUCUGUCAGCCUUGCGCGAGAAAGAGGUAAAACAAUUACUCGUUCACGAAGAGUUAGGAGAUCGGAGACCAUCUCAGUUUCUCCGGCACCUGCAAAGAUUGGCAGGUCCAUCAGUUCCAGACGAUUUUAUUAAAACUAUUUGGAUAAGUCGUCUGCCUACUGCUCUUCAACCAAUUAUUGUGGCUCAGAAGACUUAUGACCUUCAAGCUUUGGCUGACUUAGCCGACAGCUUACAUGAAUUGGUACCGUGCACACCUGAAGUCGCUUCAACAUCUGCUCCCCAGUCAACCAUUGAUUCAAUGGCGAAACAAAUAGAUGAGCUCACAAAGCAAGUAAAGCUCUCUCUGCUCGCAGUCACAGACCAAGAUCGAGAUCAAGAAGACGACGUAGCCAGACAGUACAAAUGA